GGAUUCACCCUGGUGAAAAGUCCUGACCGGAGGCCCUAACCUGAGCCUCCAGACAGAGUCCAGAAGAUUCACAGGAUAGAGCAGAGCCUAGAGUUGUGGCCAUUUCCCAAGAGCAGCAGAAAAUGACCAAGUCCCAGGGAUCCUUGUCGUUUGAGGAUGUGGCUGUGGACUUCACCUGGGAGGAGUGGCAGCUACUGGACUCUGCUCAAAAGACUUUGUACAGAAGUGUGAUGUUGGAGAACUUUAGCAGCCUUGUGUCACUGGGGUUUCAAGUUAUCAAACCAGAUGUGAUCUUCAAAUUGGAGCAAGAGCAGCCAUGGAUAAUAGAUGAAGAUAUCCCAGGUCAGAACUUUUCAGAAUACUGGAAAAUGGAUGAUUACAAAGCUUGGCACCAAGAAAUCCAAGACAGGCUUAAAAGGUUGGAACAAGCCCAUGAAAGUAAUGCAAGUGGAAAAAUAGUUCAAUCAGGCAUGAACUUUGCACCUUUAAAGCAAAAACCCAAUAAGUCUGUGUCAAAUGGAAAACAUUUGAAAUAUUCAUUAGAUUUAUUUACUCAGAGUGGAAAUUAUGGAAGGAGGAAACCUGGUAAAUUAAAUGGAUGUGAGAAAUCAUUUCUCUAUACCAAACAUGAAAAAACUUGUGUUGGAUUAAAAUGCUAUGAAUGUAAUGAAUGUGGAAAAGUCAUCAGCAAGAAGUCUCGGCUCAUUGUACAUCAGAGAACACAUACGGGAGAGAAACCCUUUAAAUGCAGUGAAUGUGACAAAGCCUUUUCCCAGAAGUCACAUCUUGUUACACAUCAGACAAUUCACACAGGAGAAAAACUUUAUGGAUGUGAAUGUGGGAAGGCCUUCUCUCGAAAGUCACAUCUCGUUACACAUAAGAGAACUCAUACAGGAGAGAAACCCUAUGAAUGCAGCAACUGUAAGAAAGUCUUCUCUCAGACAUCACAGCUCAUUAUUCAUCAGCGAAGUCAUACAGGAGAGAAACCCUAUGGAUGUGGUGAAUGUGGGAAAGCCUUUAGUGGGAAGUCACAACUUAUUACUCAUAAGAGAACCCAUAUAGAUGAAAAACCCAAUGAAUGCAGUGAAUGUGGGAAAGCCUUCAGAGAGAAGUCAAGUCUCAAUAAGCAUCAGAGAAUUCAUUCAGGAGAGAAACCAUAUGGAUGCAGUGAAUGUGGGAAAGCCUUCAGCGGAAAGGCACUCCUCAUUAGACAUCAGAAAACUCAUUCAGGAGAAAAACCCUAUGGAUGUAAUGAAUGUGGAAAAGCAUUCAUUUGGAAGUCACAGCUCAUUAUACAUCAGAGAACUCACACAGGAGAGAAGCCCUAUGGAUGCAGUGCAUGUGGGAAAGCCUUCUCCCAGAAGUCACACCUCAUGAUACAUCAGAGGACUCACAUAGAACAGAAACCCUAGAAAUACGGUGAAUGUGAGAAACGUUUAAGAAAAUAAUCACACUUUCUGUAUCAUAAAACUCAUUUAUAGAAAUGCUAUGAAUGCCGUGAGUAUAGAAGAGUCUUUGGAAGGAAGUUAUACUUUCUUAAACAUCAGAGUGCCAGCUGGGAGAGUAAGCCUGUGUAUGCAGUGAAUGUGGCAGAGACAGUAGAGCAGGUAGUCGUCUCGUUGUAAAUCAGGUUAUUCAUAUUGAGGAGAAAAAUCAUGAC